CAGGGUGACUCCGUCGAUUGGACAGAGUGGAAAAUUCCGCAUAGCGGACAGCGCUCUGAGUAGCGCAAAAGUCUCUGUUGUUUGUUCACCCCGUGAGUAGGUAGUGGUUUUCAUAAGUAGUAUUUCUCGGCCAGGUGCACGAGUCGCUCGUGUCUUACUUAGAGCGAAUUUAGCUAGCUGCUAUCCGCCAUGUGAAGGAAACAUUGAAACACAUGGUUCUAUCGAUGAGCAAGCAUACAGAGAACUGGCAUUUAUCUAUACUCAUUAGUGGAAGUAUUUGUACCUGAGAGAUAUUGGUAACGGCGCGUGUGAUGCAUCGUUUAUGAUGAAGUGUUUUACAUACAAUGUGCAUGAUAUAUUAUGUAUAUGAUUGUUUGUAUCAUGUGCAGCUGAAUUUAUUAUUGGAUUAUUGAUUGAUAUCAACUGGCUGCGAAUAGUUGUGUUGAAUAGGAGUGGAUGUUUAAGCUAUAUUCGAAAUGUGAUGAUAGAUCCAGCAACCGUCGGUGGUCUGCCUUGACGCUAUCAAUCCGGAACAGAGAACUGUGAAGUUGGUAGCUGGAUUUAGUCUAUUGGAAUCGAAUGAUACUAGUAUAAUCCUCGGAUGUUAGUUUCGCUGUUUGGAACAACCGUGGGAAACAUACAACAACGUAUUUUGAUAAAGAUACACUGACAUGAGAUGUACGUCCAUAUGUGUGAUCGAUAGACCGAUGAGAUACAAUGACAGAACUCUAGAACUUUUUCUGGGCAGUCGUUUGGCGGCUGGGCAUGCCCGUGGUAGGAUACUGUGUCAAGAGUGCUGUUUGGACACUAUGCUGGGGGCAUUCGGACUUAGUCUCGUCGCCUUAUUGGCCUCACUUAUAGGUCGGACAUUAUGAUGUACAACUAUGUCACGCAGGCCAUAUUUCUUCUGCUUGAAGUAUUGCACGUGCUAGCCCAGGAGGGCGAGUGGACGAAGUGGAGCCAGUGGUCCGGAUGUAGCGUCACUUGCGGCUACGGCGUCCAGAAGCGACAGAAAACGUGGCAGCCGCGAGUCACCGGAAGUGGAGUAGAGGAGCCGUUUAAAUAUGAGGACAUCAUCGAGUGCAUCACAAACGUACCGUGUCCGCGCGAUGGUGUUUGGGGAUAUUGGGGCGCGUGGAGCGAAUGCACCAAGAUGUGUGACGGCGGGACCACCAAGCGCAUGCGCGAAUGUAACAGCCCCUCUCCGGAAAAUGGCGGCAAAGACUGUGAAGGAAAGGAAUUUGCGGAGACGACAUGUAACGACUGGAAAUGCCCAGAGCUGCCGCCAAACUUUGACAUGUCUCAGUGCAACGAGACGACGUACAUGUGUCUGGACAGCCGCCAGUGCGUCCCGACCCCCCGUCGCUGUGACAACCAGCUGCACUGCCACGACGGCAGUGACGAGCACAACUGUGCCUACUACUGGCCGAACAAAGCGUCCAGGAUAUGUGCUUCAGAGCUCAUGCGAUGGUUGCUCGCUUUGACGUUGGUUAAAAUAUUGCGACAACUGGUAUCUUGAUACAAAUUGGUAUUAAUAGCUUUUAACAGAUAUCCAUGGAAACAUACUUAUCAACAUACUGCAUUUAUUAGCCAAUCAUCUACAUCUGAUCAGGCAUCUUCAAAACAAGCAUAUUGAACUGAAUACCCUUUACACUACAUAUAUUCUACAUAUUUUUAUGGAUUACAUAAAUCUACCAAAUAAGGAAUUUGAGCGAAAGGUGAGUCAGUGUUCAAGAUCACUAGUCCAGACCUUUCAGUGAAUGAUGUUUAAAGGGAAGAACCUUUGCUUGACAUAAUCAGACAAGCUUUGUAUACCGGGUUGGGUGCUGUUUCUUCAAUAAAGCAUUCCAGUCCAUUAUCAAACCAGAGGAGAUAAACACGAAUGUUGAAAGACAAAGACUUACAAAAUCACGUGUUUUAGUUCAUCUCUUCGUACGUCUGCGAAUAUGAUCCUGCCAUUUGGAAAUCCGUCAUGAACUUCGUCAACGAGCUAUAUUUGGAGAGUAAAAAGAAUAACACAAAGACAUAAUGUUAGAAUACACGUAGCUGUACACAAACUCUCUGUGUAUGACUAUGAAUUCCUUGUAAGAAUGACAACAACUGCUCACUGGUUCCCAUGUGUGUGUUGACUGUUAAUAUGGAGCGCGGAGAAAUCAUUGUCGUGCCAGUCGAGUGCAUUCAAUAUACAACAAUGGACAUCGAGACAGUAUCGUUAAUUCACGAUAAAGGUUUGGGGACCUACUUUUACGAGUUGCAUGUUGUACGGACAAUGAGUCUGCUUAUUGUGAUAUUAAUUAAGUUUGAGCUAUCGAGUCAAACACCAGACUUUAUCAUUCCAACUUUGUAUUGUCUAGAUUUCGCUAAGGUAACAGAAAAUAGAGCCGAGCAAGUAUAACUACCAAGUAAAUGGAUAUUUCUGUUUUCUAUGUUGUACCAACAGAAGGGACCACCAAGUAAACGGAUAUUACUUUAUUGCAUUUGGUCCCCGAAAGGACUGCUAUGUAAACGGAUAUUACUUUAUUGCAUGUGGUCACUGAAAGGACUGCUAUGUAAACGGAUAUUACUUUAUUACACGUGGUCCCUGAAAGGACUACUAUGUAAACGGAUAUUACUUUAUUGCAUGUUGUUCCAUCAGAAAGGACUACCAAGUCAUUGGAUAUUACUUUAUUGUAUUUGGUCCCAACAGAAAGGACUACCCUGCAAACGGAUAUAACUGUAUUAUAUGUAGUCUCAACAGAAAGGACUACCCUGUAACGGAUAUUACUAUAUUUUGUGUGAUCCCAUUAGCAAGCAGAUCGUUCGAGUCUGACUUACAUGAUUUGCCCAAACAGAAUCUAUGUUACAGACACAUGUUUGUGCACGAAUUAUUUUAAUUGUAAACGUUUUAUUGCAAAUUAUUCUGUAUUUAGUUUUAUUGAUAAUAGGGAAAUUAACACUCUGGUUAAACUUGUUGUUUUCUCAAUUUGGAAUUGUUGGUAUUACUUAGACAGUGUGUAUAUGUAUAUAGAUAUUUUUGUCAAUUUUAUUAUGAAUCAGGUGGAAAUCAUCAUAAUAUAUUGUUGCUUAUUCCAAUAAUGUUCUCGAGAUGAGAAAAAUGUAAAUAAAUAUUAUAUUGGGUGUACACGUUACUUACAUGAAAUUACUUAUAUGAUAUUUAUUGUAAUUAAAUUUCCUGUACACAUGU